GAAUAGCUAUUAGCCAAUCGCGUGUUAGGUUUAAAUGAAGACAAGCACAACGAUUGGCUAACAGUUAUUCACUUUUCGUAUUUUCACUAUAUUCGAGCUACAUAAUCGACCUUCAGGUGCCGCUGCUAGUAGUCGUGAAAAAGCCGCCUCGUUCUUGCUUGAAAAUGGCGGGAAGUUGUAUACGUACGUGAAGAAGCUGUGCGUGUCUCCUAGUCUUCUCAAAGUAUUUCUUGACUUUUAAGAGAAUUAAGCAGGAUGGGUAUUUUAGGAUUGUCUAAACUAAUUGCUGAUAUUGCCCCAGCUUCUAUCAAAGAACGAGAACUAAAACACUACUUUGGCCGUAAAAUAGCUAUUGACGCCUCUAUGUGUUUGUAUCAAUUCCUUAUUGCUGUACGCAGUGAAGGAGCUCAACUUACUUCAGUGGAUGGUGAGACAACAAGCCAUCUUAUGGGGACAUUCUACAGAACGAUAAGAUUAGUUGAACAAGGGUUAAAACCAGUCUAUGUUUUUGAUGGCAAACCCCCGAAUCUCAAAGGAGGUGAAUUAACUAAACGGGCUGAAAGGCGAGAUGAAGCUCAGAAACUUUUGCAAGCUGCAGAAGAAGCUGGUAACUUGGAAGAUAUUAAUAAAUUUAACAGAAGAUUAGUCAAAGUGACAAAACAGCAUGGAGAAGAAGCCAAACAAUUACUCAAGCUAAUGGGGAUUCCAUAUGUUGAUGCUCCCUGUGAAGCAGAAGCUCAAUGUGCCGCAUUAGUGAAAUCUGGAAAGGUUUUUGCUACAGCAACCGAAGACAUGGAUGCUCUUACGUUUGGAUGUAAUAUUUUGUUGCGCCGAUUGACAUUUAGUGAAGCACGUAAAAUGCCUGUACAGGAAUUUCACUAUGACAAGGUUUUAGAAGGUUUGGAGUUGAACAAGGAUGAGUUUAUUGAUCUUUGUAUAAUGUUAGGAUGUGAUUAUACACAUAGUAUCAAGGGAGUGGGUCCCAAGAGAGCCAUGGAUUUAAUAAAAACAUACAGAUCCUUAGAAAAAAUUAUGGAGAAUUUGGAUACAAAAAAAUUCCCAGUUCCUGAGGACUGGAACUAUAAACAGGCUAGACUACUGUUUCAGGAACCAGAAAUAACUAAUCCAGACGAGAUCGAGCUGAAAUGGACAGAUCCUGAUGAAGAGGGUUUGGUUAAAUUUCUUUGUGGGGAUAAACAAUUUAACGAAGAAAGAGUUAGGGGUGGCGCUAAAAAACUACUGAAGGGGCGUAACACUUCAACGCAGGGCCGUCUAGAUUCGUUUUUCAAAGUAUUACCAAAUUCUAAUCCGGUGAAACGUAAGGCUGAAGAGAAAAAGGGUCCAGCAAAGAAAGGAAGAGGUGCAGGUGGCAGCAAAUUUCGUGGUAAAGCAAAAUAAUUUCCUAAUAUUUUUAUUAGUUCCGAUAAGCAUUCAUCUCAGCCAAAACAUAUUAAUUGUAAUGUGAAAAAUCGAUUGUUAUAUGUAAACAUUUUUUUGUAUUAUAUGAACUUGUAUACCUCAUUAUGAGUCCAGUAUCUGUAGAGGUCAGCAUAUAUUUUUUUAAUUGUAAAUUAUUUCUUCUCGUUUAUAUAAAGCUAUACGAUAUAUUGUAUUUAUUUAAACUGUCGCGAAAAAUAUAAUGGAUGAAUAGUAA